AUGCAUUUUUUUGUUCAUGAAGAAAUUAACCUUCUUGAGGUAUUUAACUAUGAUUAAUAAUAUAAAAGGCAGCAUAAGAUGGAAAAUUGGAUUUUAUUAAAAAACAAUUGCUCUCUUUAACUUCAAAAUAGCUGGAUCCAUUAACUUCUAAACAUCUAUAAGAUGCAUGUUAGAAAUCUGAUUAUUAUGGAAGAAAUGCUUUACAUUAUGUAAAUAAAUACUUUAUAAAGGCUGCUUAUAGAGGACAUUAUGAUGUUGUAGAGUAUUUUCUUGAUCUACAUUGCCUCGAUUUAAAUUCAAAGGAUAACUAAGGUAUAAUUAUAUUUUCUAAACUCUUGAAUAGGGAAUUCAGCUCUUAUGUUAGUUUGUGUAAGAGGAUACAAUUAGGACAUUGAUGAAUCUAUUAUUAAAUCAAGAGAUAAAUAAUUGAUAGCAGAAACGAAAUACAAAAUAGCUAAAUUACUUUUAUAAAGGGGAGCAACUCUUGGUGAAUAUUUAAAAGAUUACAUAAAUAAUCCUUUGCAUUGGGCUUGCUUUUAUGGUGAUUUCAAAUUAACUUAGUUGUUAUUAUUGAAAAAUCCUAAUCUAAGUAAGAAUAAUUCUAAAAUAGUGCUGAAGAAGAAUGAUAGAAAAUAAUUUCCAAUAGACAUAGCAUUAAUGAAAGGGAAAGAUCAAGAAACUUAGAAAAAGGUAGUUAAAUACUUAAUAGUUAAAUUCUUGGCUCAUUUUCUAAAGAGUGAAUAACAUAUUCAGUAGCUAAAAAGUUUAGAUGAAAAUAUGGAAGAAAGUGAAUUUGAUCUUAAUUAAGAAGAAAUACAUUAGAAUGCAGUAGACAGACGUAAAUAUGAAACAGUAGGUUUGAACUAUUUAUUUUGGGCAAGUGUUUUAGGUGAUUUAGAAUUGGUAAAACCUUUAUUAAAAUAAUAAUUUUCUCCAUUUGCACCUUCUUAUAAAGGAAGAAAUGCAGUUCAUGCAGCUGCUUAUCAUGGUCAUGAUAAAUUAAUAGAACUUUUUUUUGAAUCAGAGAAUUAGAAUAAAAAAUUUAAUGUUAAGAAAUUUGUAAACAUUAUGACAAUUGAAAAGCCAUAAUCAGCCCUACAUAUCGCAGUUGAAUAAGUAUUAAACAUAAUAUUGAUUUGAUUUUAGGGACAUGAAAAGGUUGUGAGGUAUUUAAUUAAAAUAGGUGCAGAUCAUCACUUAUAUAAUUUUAGAAAUUAAACAGCCUUUGCAUCUUCAAGAUCUAAAGCCAUCAAAGAAUUAAGAUAAAAUUUAUUAAAAACAGAAAAGAAUUUAAUUAAAAGUGGAUAUAAAUAUGUACUGGUCGGAACUAAUGCAAGUGAAAAUUUAGUCAAAUAGCAAUUAGAUAAUAUUAAAGCAAAGGUUAAGGUAGGUAAAUUUAAAGCAGUACCUAUAAGAUCUUAUGAUGAAUCUUGUUUUUAUUAUAUUGUUAAGGUUUCAAGUGAAUUAAAAAAUUUAGUUGCUGAUUAUGAAAAAAUGAUGAUUUAUAAUUUUAAAGAAGGGAUAAUUUGUCAAUUUGAUAGAAAUAAAGCAGAAACAUAUGAGAAUUUUCACCAUUAUCAUGAUCAAUAAAUUAUUUUGUCAUUAUUAUAUGACGAAUUUGAUUUAGAUUAAUUCCUUCAUGAUAAAUUAUUAUUAGAUCAUUUUCCUUUACAUGAUGAUGAAGAGAAAGUAUUAAUCUAUAAUUAAUGGAAAAGAGAAAAAUGGGAACUAUUAAAAGAACCAUUAUCAUUAAAAUAAAAUAAAUGUAGAACACCAAGUGCAAUUAAAGCAUAUUUUGGAGCAGAAGUUGGUUUCUUUUUUGUAUUUUUAAGUUUCUUUACUACUUGGUUAUUUAUUCCAGCUGUACCAGGUAUAAUGCUUGGUGUUUAUGUUUAUGCAACAAAUGAAAUUAAUUCUUUAUUUGUUCCAAUUUAUACUAUUGCUUUAGCUGUAUGGGCAACUAUAUUCUUUGAAUUUUGGAAGAGAAAAUAAAGUGAAAUGAUGUUUUAAUUUGAUAUGCAUGUUGAAACUGAAGAAAAAUAAACAAUUCCAUCAUUUAAAGGAUAAUUUUGGAUUGAAGAUGUUACUCACAAAAUUGAAAUUAAAUAUUCUACUAGAGAUAGAUGGAAAUAUUAUAAAUCAGUUACACCUUUAGUGCUUUUAGCUAUAAUAUUAAUAGCAGGAGAAUAGAUUGGUUAUUAUUAUAUUAUUCAAUUAAGAGAACGCACAACUGAAUUUACUAUAUUGUGUUCUAUUGGUUUGGGUAUAUCAAUAAAAAUAACUAAUGAAAUAUUUAAUUAUUUUGCAAGAUUAUCACUUGAAUAUGAAAAUCAUUAAUAUUAAAAUGAAUUGGAAGAUGUCUAUAUAAUUAAAGUAUUUUCUUUUGCUUUUUUAAAUUCAUUUGGUCGUUUAUUUUAUAAAUCUGUCAUUGAUCCAGAUGCAGAUGAAUUAAAUAUAAUGUCUAUUACAUUUACAAUUGUUUGGGCUAUUAUGCAUUAUCUUAGAUUUACUAUUAUACCUUUAAUUCAAUAUUCAAUUAAAAAAUACUUCUUAAAUAAAGAAUUUGAAUUGUUUUUGGAAGGAAAAUGGAGAAAAAUGUAUACUUCUUAGAUGGCCAGUAUUUUAGAUAAUGAAACUUAAAAUCAGACCAAUAAAAGUUUUGAUAGAAAAAGCAUGGGCUAUAAGAAGUUUCUUAGAUCAGUUGAAUAGAAUAAGAUUAUGAUACCAACUCCUAAUCAUGUUGAUUAAUUUACUUAUUUUGUAAGUUAUUAUUCAAUAUUUUAGAUUCUUUAAUUUUGCAUGGUUACUAUGUUUAGUGCCAGUUCAUAAUUAAUACCAAUUGCUAUUUUGUUAUUUAAUAAUAUUAAUUUGGAUGGUCUUAUUUAUGGUUUUAUUACUUUUGUAAAGAGGCCCAGAGCAGAAGCUAAGAAAUCAAUAGGGUUAUGGAAUAGUGUAUUACUAAUUGUAGGAUACAUAGGUACAAUAAUUAAUUGUUUAACAAUUUAUUAUGCAAAUUAAGAUCAAUUAAAUAAUUUAAUUGGUAAAGUAAAUGAAACAGAUGAAUCAUCAGUAAUAAUAAUAAUAUUAAUUUAAUAGCAAGCUCUUCGAAAUUUUUUACUUCUUAUAGCUGCAGAACAUAUUGUGAUUGGGAUUAAAUUUAUAAUAGAAACAGUAAUUCCUGAUGAACCAGGAUGGGUGACAAAAGUUUUGAAAAGACAAGAAUACUUAUUAGAAUAAAUGAUGAAAAACAUCGAAAUUGAAGGGUCUUAAAGUGACAAAUUAAAAGAUGAUUGA